CUCAUCUUGACAACGAUCUGAAACAGCCACAUCCCAUAAGCGUACAGAAAGAUCACUUCUCACUUCCGACGCCAAGACCUUAUAGCAGAUGACGAGCACUAUGGACGCCACCGCAGCGAUCGGCCUCCUCCAACAAGGCCAGAAACCAUCGUGGCCGUCAAACGCAGCAACUCUCGAGUUCGCAGAGUCCCUCGACAACCACAACGAUAUUCCCAAGACCUUCCGCAAAGACUUCGUCGUGCCCACAAAAUCACAACUCAAGCGCAAGACUCUCCAUGAUGAUGCCCAGACUUCAGCACCAGCUUCCUCCGUAGAAGAUGAGGCCAUCUACUUCUGCGGAAACUCCCUCGGUCUGCAACCAAAAGCAGUCUCAGAAUACAUGUCCGCAUACUUGAAGACAUGGGGUUCAAUCGCCGUAGGAGGUCAUUUCACAAACUUCGAGGAUUCACCUCUUGUUGCGUACCAAGAUAUGGCAGCCGAUUGUGCGAGAAAAAUGGCCCCAAUCGUGGGCGCGAAAGAUGCACAAGAAGUCGUUGCCAUGAACACAUUGACCGUCAAUCUCCACUUGAUGAUGGCAGCAUUCUACAAACCUGAUAAGGCCGCGAAAAAGACGAAAAUCAUGUGCGAAUGGCGACCUUUCCCAAGUGAUUGGUAUGCGAUCGAAAGUCAGAUCGAAUGGCAUGGUUUGGAUCCUAAGGAGGAAAUGCUGCUCGUUCGACCUGACAACGAGAAGAACGGAGAAUAUGAUAUGUCGACGGAACAGAUUUGCAAUCUCAUUACUCAACACAAAGACGAAUUGGCCCUGAUCCUUCUCCCCGGGAUUCAAUACUACUCUGGCCAACUUCUCGAUAUCCCAACUAUUACAGCGCACGCACACAAGCAUGGCCUCACAAUCGGCUGGGAUCUCGCACACGCAGCAGGAAAUGUCGAACUCCAGCUUCACGACUGGGAUGUCGAUUUCGCUUGCUGGUGUACGUACAAGUACAUGAAUGCCGGAGCUGGUGCUAUCGCCGGCGUGUUCGUGCACGAGAAACAUGGUGAUUCGAAGAAGAAUAAGGCGUUGAAGGGUUGGUAUGGCCAUGAUAAGAGCAGUCGUUUCCUCAUGAACAACCAGUUUGUUCCGACGCCUGGUGCAGGAGGUUUCCAGCUUUCGAACCCGAGUGUAGUGGAUUUGACUUGUUUGAGCGCUGCGCUGAGCGUGUAUGAGAAGACGAGUAUGAAGGAGUUGAGGAGGAAAGCGCUGCUUUUGACGGCUUAUGCGGAGGAGUUGUUGGGUGGCAUUUCGAAGAGGAACGUGACUGAGGGCGGAGAGGCGCCUUUCAAGAUUAUUACACCAAGCGACCCACGUCAGCGGGGGACACAAUUGAGUGUGCUUUUCAAGGAGGAGCUGAUGGAGGAAGUCAGCGCAGCUCUUGAGGAAAAUGGUGUGAUCUGCGACAAGAGGAAGCCGGGCUGCAUUCGAGUGGCACCUGUGCCACUUUACAAUACCUUCGGGGAUGUGGCGAGGUUUAUGCAGAUCAUUGAGGCGGCGUUGAAGAACAAGGGCAAGGCAAGCGAGGAUUCUGAGUAAGCGUGCAUACAUUAACCACCAGGAGUGGGGUUCACGAGAAUAUGACAAGCCAGAUAUGAGAUUCCAGCGAGGAGUUCAGGACAUUUUGGAAAAUGCAAAUGAGAAUUGAGACAGCUUAGCCUACGAACAACGAAGCCAUCUUCACAACACUUAUGCAAUGGAACCGACAAGAUUCACAAC